CGCUCAAGCCUCAAGGGCAACCUUGGAGUGCCCGCCCAAUUUGUCCAUAAUUUGUCCUCAGGGCCUGACAAUUCCCCAUCUCCCUCGCCCGGUCCUCACCUCUCCACCCUCGCCCGUCCUUCCCAUUUCACCGAUUGGAUUUCCCACUCCAAUUGAUCGUCAAGAUGGCCGAACUCGCGACCCCCUCUGCUGCCCAGGUGGCUACCGCCGACGCCGCAUCUCCUCAAGAGAAGCAGCAGAACGUCCGCCCUGAGAAGCCAGACGAGGACAAAUACAAGGAGGACCUCGCCAAGGCCGAAAAGGAGCACCAGGCGGUGCAAGAGAAGCUCAACGCCGCUAAGGCCAAGCUCGACGCCGCCCGCCCGAACAACAAGGACUCCCCCAACGCCAAGCGCCAGCAGGAGCUCAAGACUGAGCUGAACGCUAUCCGCCAGGCCCAGCAGGGCAACAAGACCGGCCGCAAUGCCAUCUUCGAGAAGAUGAAGAAGCUCGACGAGCAGCUCAAGUCGCGCCAGAACGAGCUCAAGACCAACAAGAGCCGCGUCAACUUCAAGUCCGCCGAAGAUGUUGACCAGGAGAUCGCGCGUCUCCAGAAGCAGGUUGACUCUGGCAUGAUGAAGCUCGUCGAUGAGAAGAAAGCUCUCUCUGAGAUCUCCUCGCUCCACAAGGCGCGCAAGAACUUCUCUGGCUUCGACUCGCAGCAGAAGGCCAUCGACGACAUCAAGGCCCAGAUUGCUGAACAGAAGAAGCUCCUCGACGACCCCGAGCAGAAAGCCUUGAGCGAGAGAUACACAAAGCUCCAGACUGAGCUGGAUGGCCUGAAGGCUGAGCAGGACGAGGCUUUCAAGAACCUCAAGGCUCUGCGUGAGGCUACCGACAAGGCCCGCGCCGAGCAGCAGGAGAAGUACCUCGCCAGGAAAGAGCUCAAGGACACGUUCUACCAACAGAAGCGUGCAUUCCAGGAGUACGACUUCCAGGCCCGCAAGGCCCGCAACGAGCGCAGGAAGCAAGAGCAGGUCCAGUACCUCGCUGGUAAGCGCAAGCAGGCUGCCGAGCAGCGUCUCGAGGAGGCCAGCGCACCCGCAUUCCAGGACGAGAUCUACGCCACCGAGGGUCUCAUCCGCCACUUCGAUCCGUCUGCUCUUCCCGCAAAGGAGACUACUUCUGCCGGAAAGUUCGCUGCCUCCGCUCAACGCACCGUCGAGGCCUCUGAAAUCAAGGGUACUCGCAUCUCCAAGAAGGACACGGAGGAGGAGAGCUACUUCACAGGCACUGGUGGCAAGAAGGGCAAGAAGGGCGGCAAGAAGGGAGGUGCGGCCCCGCCCCCUUCAAAGUUUAAUCUGAACCUCGGUGUCAUUGAGGAGCUCGCCAAGGUUGGUGUUGACGCACCUUCAAGCCAGGCUGAUGUCCCUGCCACCGUCGAGAAACUCAAGGAGAAGCUUGCUCAUUGGAAGGAGGACCAGGACCGCAAGACCAAGGAGAACGUUGAGAAAGCGAAGAAGGAGAUCGCGCGCCUCGAGGCUGAAGAGGAUGCCGCCAAUGGUACCACAGACGCCGCCCGCAAGCCCGCCCAAAAGAACCAGGCUGUCAACGGCUCUGCCUCCCCAUCAGCUGAGCUCGCUCAGGAAAACGGCGCUGCUGCUGAUGUCGCUGAGGACCUGAAGAAGGCCUCCAUUGAGGAUAAUGAGUCCACCGAGGCAUAGAACGCCUUGGAACUACCGACUGUUCAACUUGCAUGUCAUUGAAAAAGUACAGUGAUCUGUUCGAGAUCUAUCACGGCCAUGAGUUCGGCAUCUUAUCCUUUUUAGCCCAAUUAUUCCCUCUAGCAUGGUUAAUGGGACAACAGCGGCAUGGCAUGAGGUCUAUGUUCUGCGCAGUGUUUUAAUACGCCUUUCUGGUUUGCGUAUGAGCACUGAGCUUUUAGAUCGUAAUAUAUCUCCUUAAUGUUCAGUCUUCGUGCACCUCUA